AUGACCCUCUCCAACCCUGCCAUGGUCGCUGUCUCCGGCAUCAUCCUUACUGGUGCCUACCUGAUCGAUCCCUCCACCGUGCCCUUCGCUCUCGCCGGUGUUGCUGCCACCUGGGCCCGAGUCCUCUUCAAGGAGUCCGCUAUCCGAAUCCCUCCACUCGACCCCAAGGACUACCGCAAGUUCAAGUUGGUCGACAAGGUCGUCUGCAGCUCCAACACUGCCAUGUAUAAGUUUGCGCUUCCUAACGAGGAUGACAUCCUGAACUUGCCUAUCGGCCAGCACAUCUCCGUGAUGGCCAACAUCAACGGAAAGGACAUCUCUCGCAGCUAUACCCCUACUAGCAGCAGCGAUGAUGUCGGACACUUUGUCCUCUGCAUCAAGUCCUACCCUCAAGGAAACAUCUCCAAGAUGUUUGGCGAGCUUACAAUUGGCGACACCAUCAAUGCUCGCGGCCCCAAGGGACAGUUCAACUACACCCCCAACAUGUGCCGUCAUAUCGGAAUGAUUGCUGGUGGUACCGGUCUUACGCCCAUGCUCCAGAUCAUCCGUGCUGUUGUUAAGAACCCCGAAGACAAGACCCAGGUUAGCCUGAUUUUUGCCAAUGUCACUGAGGAGGAUAUUAUUUUGAAGACCGAACUCGAUCUGUUGUCCAAGAAGCACCCUCAGUUCAAAGUCUACUAUGUCCUCAACACCCCUCCCGAGGGCUGGACUGGUGGUGUCGGCUUUGUGAAUGCUGACAUGAUCAAGGAGCACAUGCCCAAGCCUGCCAGCGACAUCAAGGUCUUGCUCUGCGGUCCCCCACCCAUGAUCUCAGCCAUGUCCAAGAUCACUCAGGAUCUCGGAUACGACAAGGUCAACGCCGUCUCCAAGUUGCCCGACCAGGUCUUCAAAUUUUAA